AUGGAGAUAGAUAUGUGCCAUGUAUGGGUACCCGGACACUGUGGCAUACAUGGCAAUAAAAAAGCAGACUUAGAAGCGUCAAAAGCAGCUUCCUCCCCAGACACCCCACUUCUAAAUGUAUACACAUACGAAAACAAAAAGAAACAAACCAAACAAGUCCUAAAUCAUGAAUGGCACAAAAUGUGGACUAACCAUAGCACAAAGUUAAACCAAAUUAAAAACAACAUACAAACAUGGCACAACCCAGGACUAAAAGGAAAAGAAGAAACCAUACUAAAUCGUUUACGAAUAGGGCAUACAUUUAUCACACACAAGCAUCUCAUGGAGAAAAAUGAUCCUCCUAUAUGUGAAAUGUGUGGAGUGGUCUACAUAGUCAAACACAUUAUCACUGAAUGUCAAAAAUACGAAGACACGAGGAAAAAACACCAAAUAUCACAACAAAUCGGAGAAGCACUCGGAUCCGACCCUCAAUGA